AUGAAGUCAAGAACACUAGGUUUUUUUUUCAAAAAGUCCAAUGGCGGUAAGCUUCAUUUUCAAGUGUUCAAAAUGAAACUCAUGAGCAACAACAAAAUCCAGAAGGAAGAAAAAGAAAUGACAUUCCAACUUGUUGUAAGAGUUGAGUUAGGUGAUAAUGUUAACCAUUUUGUUGUUGAACACGAUCCUAGAUUAUGUAAACAAAUCAAUGAGUAUCAUUCCAAUGAUCGUGAAAAAUGGGAAAGAUUGUCCAUUUUUAAAUCAUAUGGGAAACAAACUGAUUCUCUACACAACAUUAAUCAAAAAGCCCUUGAAGGAUUGGAGAAUACCAAUCAACAUAUUAAGGAAGCUCUUAUAAGUCAAUCAGAAGAAGAAAUAAAGAAGAACAAAUUGCGAUUGAAGGCUUCAAUCAACGCAAUUCGUUGGUUAGCUUGCCGAAAUUGCGCAUUUAGAGGACACGAUGAAAGUAUCAGUUCUAGAAAUAGAGUAAACUUUCUAGAACUUAUCAAAUAUACAUCUUUGUACAACGAUGAAGUAAAGAAAGUAGUGUUGGAAAAUGCACCUGUGAAUGCUUCAUAUACAUCAUCAACGAUACAAAAGGAGAUUUUGCAUAUCUUUACUAGCAAAGUACAAGAAGAAGUAAGAAAGGAGAUUGGAGAGGCAGAAUUUUGUAUCAUUCUGGAUGAAUCACAAGACAGAGCUGAAAGAGAGGAAAUGGAGAUUGUGUUAAGGCUUCAAUUAGCAUUAAUUGGAGCUACAAAAGAAGUGAUUCCCAUACAGCAAUUUUUCACAAAAUUAGCAAUUAUUGUUAACAUAGUUGAUGGCUCUUCUAAAAGACAUGAUGAACUACAUGCUAAUCAACAAUCUGAAAUAGCUCACAAUGUUGCCCAUGAGGGGACCAAAACUGGAAGAGGGUUGAAUCAGAUUGGAAAUUUACAAAGAGCUACUGACACUCGAUGGUCAUCUCAUUUGAAUUCCAUUACUAGUUUGAUGAGAAAAUUUAGCGCAACUGGUAAGGUUCUUAAAACUGUUAUAAAGGAAGGAAAUUCAGAAAAGCGUGCAAGUGCUGAUGCUGCUUAUGAUUGCUUGAUGUCUUUUGAGUUUGUAUUUAUUUUGCAUUUGAUGGGAGAACUUUUGAGGUUGACUGAUAAUUUGUGUCAAGCUUUACAACGUCGUGGUCAAGACAUAGUUAAUGCGAUGGGUUUAGUUUCAUCUACUAAAGUCUAG